AUGCACUUCCCCCAGGCUCGGUGGCUCGGAUUACUCGGAGUCAUGGUCACCGUCACCACUGCGGACACCGUCGAAGUGGACUUGAUCUUUCCUCACAACGAAUCAUAUGCACCAGCAGACUGGUUCCCCAUCGUCUUUGUGGUGCAGAACACGCAAAGCGCCGAACUCCUCAACCUCCGUAUCUCCUACGACAUCCGCUGGAACAAUGACGUAAACAACCAGAGUAUCUUCGCUCACGAUUUCCGCUGGACGAACUGGUCCGGAAGCGCAGACCCUUACCUCGCCUACCACUACCUCCGCUGGCAAAGCUGCGACGAGGAGUAUCUGAGUAGGCCGUCCAUUUACUAUGGACGCAACGGGAUUUUCAACCACCACUACUCUGGAUGGCAGUUCUUCUCCAUCGAGGAUGCCCCCCUCAAAGAUGUAGAUCUUGUCGCGGCGACCGCCAACGCCACCUGUCCCGGAGAUUGCAACGCGAUUGCAAUCAAUGUCACUGACAUCACCAUGAAUACGUUCUGGAAUAUGAACACCGCAGGCCGCGACACUUGCGUCGUUACGACAAACUCGACGGCUAGUCACACGUACUCUACUCCGGACCCCUGUCGCAUUGCGAUCGACGCGGAUAGCGCGGCAAGUAUGGCUUCCGUUCACCACACACGGCUCUGCGAUGGGCUGAACCCGCCCGAUGACUGUCCUAAAAGGGAAAAUGGCGCCCAGAAAUUAGAGGCAUGGGGUAUGUCUUGCUUCUUGGCUGCCUUCGGAGUGACUGGGGCCAUGCUCCUGUAG